AUGGGCCCACUCCUUUCGACCGCAGUCAGGGCUUUCUUCCUCAAAGGUGCUGCAAAUAUCACCGCGCAGCUUGUUGCAAGAUGGCAUUCACAGGAUCCGACCCCACCGCCAUUCGAUCGACAGCGUAUUGUCGAGUUCGCUCUCUACGGUUUCUUUCAGGCCCAGCUGGGUUUCUUCUGGCACAUCUUGCUAGAGCGCCUGUUUCCUAGCCGCCGGCCCGUCGACAGCGUCUUGAAUUCGAGGCAGGGAGUCAUUUGGCGGAACAUCGUUGCCAAGCUCGUGCUGGACCAGACAGUGGGCAUGUUCUGCUUCCUGUCCAUCUUCCUGACCUGGACCAAUUUUUUCCGUGUGCAGCACCUCGCGGAGAUUGCGGUAAUCUGGAGAUCGAAAAUAUUCACCCUGAUUUACGCCAGUUGGGCUAUCUGGCCGUGGGUUAUGGUCCUCAAUUUCGUCCUCGUGCCGGUGGAGAAGCGGCAGUUGGUCUCGGUGUGCGUCGGGUUCUGCUGGAACAUUAUUCUGAGUCUUCUCACGCAUCCUGAGCCACCGCCAAAGCAUGAUUGA